AUGAUUGUUACACCUGCUGCCAAAAUGGACAAGAUUGAGAAACCAUUAGCCACAAACAUGUCUGUCCAUCGAAUUGUCCAGCAGAUGGAUUAUCGCGCUGGCCUCUCCAGCAGCAGUAGUAGUGAUAGCAACAGUUUCAGUAGUGACAGCAGUAGUGGUAGCGAUGUUAGUAACGAUAGUGACAACAGUAUUAGCAAUAGUAGCACAAGUAGCAGUGACAGUGACAGUGGCUCGAGGGAAAGGAAAAGAACUAAGAGAUCGGUAGUCUACAACCCUCCAAUAUAUUGUACAUAUGUUGAGGAAGAUCUCUGGAAUGGAAAAAAAUGGUCUGAAAAUUCCACUGUAAAACAAGUACCACCGCUGCCGCCAUUAUAUAAUUGUACACUUAUUCGUGACAUGGUCAUAAAUACUGGAAGAGAAGAUACUCUAACAGACGUUUGUAAUUUAUAUCAGAAAUUGGAUUUAGAUUAUGAGUCAAUAGAAAAAAUAAAAGAAAGGUCAAUAUCGUUAUUGUCAAAAGUGAACGAACUAGCCAGUUCUGAUCAGUCUAAUAAAAUAUAUAAGAUUGGUCCCGGUGUAUAUUAUAUAAGUAAAAGGGAUACCGUAAUAAAAUUUUUACAGAAAAUUACAAAUAUACAACAUUUUUUAAGUGAGUUAUUUUUUGGAUUAAUAGUAAAAGAAGUGAGAGGAACUGUACCCAUAUAUCAUGUUUAUCCAGAGGCAUUUUGUUAUGAAAUGCCCUUUAUGGGAUUAUCUUUAAACUAUCUUCUUCAUGGGGGGAUCAAGUAUGCCAAUCGAACUUUCCUGCAAUGUAUUGCAGAGAAACACAGUCAAUCUUUCAUGUAUACAAAGAGCGUGGAUAAUCUGUUGGAUACCUGUACUCGCAGACUUGUGAAACAAUUACCUUAUGUUAUGGCUGAGAUGAUAAACAUUUUAACGAGAUUGAACAAUCAACAGAUCAUAUAUUUAGAUAUUAAACCAGAUAAUUUUGCUAUAGACAUAAAUACUGGGCAACCGUACUUGAUUGAUAUGGGACUUAUGACAUUUGUAGGUACCAAAUAUGCAGAUGACGCUUUCGAUAUAGACGAGGCAGACUUUAAGAAAUAUCCCCAAUCACCUCCUGAAUUACUAAGGGGAGAAAUAUGUGAAUCAAAAAGUAUGACCUAUGGAAUGGCGUAUAAUGUAGAAUGUAUUUUAUAUUGGUUAAGUAUGAAGGGGUACAAUGUCGAUUCUCUGUCGGAAAAUCAUCUCUGUAAAGAAUGGUUGCAACGUGCCAGAAAUGAAAAUAUCAACAAAAGACCAAAAAUGAGCGAAUUGAUUAAUAUAAUUCAAAAAUGUUUCCCUCUGUCUGAAAAGGGAAAAAUGAAAUUUGAAAAAGCAUUAACAUGUUACUCUCCUUUAUCAUAUUAA